GUCACUCAACAACCUAAUCCAAUCAGAUGGUUCAAUCGGACUGGGGGUUGGACUUAAUCCAGAUGAAAUCCAACAAUAAAUUGUCUUCUUCACUCACAUCGUCUGAAAUUUAAGAACGGUUUGUUGUCGAAGUUGCAUGCUGCAGUGUGAAGAGACUGGUCUGCGCGCAAAGAAUCCAGACUGUAUUUCUGACUUCCUUAGUGUAGCGUGUAAGCAAACCUUUGGUAAUGGCAUUGGACGGAUGUGGCCAGCUGUGCAAGUGUAUCCUCCUCCUUUUCAACAUCAUUUUUGCCCUGGUGGGUUUUGUGAUGUUCGGGUUGGGCUUGUGGCUGAGAUUCAGCUCUGAGACCAGAGGACUUUUCAACAUAGACCUCAACACGCAACAGUUUGUCAGCGUUGUGUCAGUGUUAAUUGUGUUAGGAGCAGUGAUGUUGCUCGUGGCUGUUUUCGGAGACUAUGGAGCGUGCAAUGAGAAUAAGACUGCAUUGGAAGUGUCUUCCUGCCUGCUGUCUUUCCUGACUGUAUUAGUGAUUGGAGCCGGUGGGGGAGCCUACGUGAUGAGCGAUGAGGUUGGGAAGCAGGUGGCAAUAUUCUAUACGACUGUGUACGCUCAGUAUCUGGACAAACAAGACCCUGGCUUGGCUGUUACCCUGUCCAUGUUCCACAAUGUGUUGCACUGCUGUGGUCUCCUUGGUGGCUUGGACCUCUUGGUCAAAAUCACAUGUCCCAUUACUGGCUUUUUGGGGACCUUAGCUGUCCCUGCCUGCCCCACAGUGAUCAUCAACCUCCUUGAGUCCAAAGCGCCUCUGGUGAUUGGCCUCUUCCUUGGGACUGCUGCUAUGAUGAUCACAGCCGUGGUGUGCUGCAGCAUCCUCGUGAAACAGAUCAAGAGGAGUCACCUCUCUGCCCCCGUGUACUGAGGGGACAGGACCACCAUGUUCAAACAUUUCUCCAUUGAGACCAAACCAGAUGGUUGUCAUUCAGUGACCAUCACCCCAUUCUUUCACUUAAUACUUCUGGAGAGGCGCCCAAUAAAAAUGGAUGUCCUAAUUAGCUUGUAUUCAUUUGCGUAGCUGGACAGGGCUCUAGAUCCUCUGGACGUGCUUUAGCAGGGCUCAGAAUGAGACCACACCAUCCAUUUAGAUGACAUAUGAACAUUGCAGACAAGAUACUGUUGCUCAGUAGCUCAGUAGCAGCUGUUUGUUCUGCCCCUCUUCCCACUGUAGUCCUUAAUCUUCAUAUUUUUUACCUUUUUAAAAAUCACUUACCAAAUGUAUAUAGCUGCUCUUGCUGACAAUGCUGCUUACAUGAAAGGGACCAUUUUAUUAAGAUAGUCAUACGGAGCAUUGAAUGAGGGCACUGCUGUAAUCAGACAAGUGAAGCACGUUUCAAAGUUAAAAUAUCCAUAGCAAUGUACUGCUGACAGAAUUAGCAUCUUAACAUGAUCUUAGACUGUUAGGAAAUUAAUUUACAAGGAUUUAACUGCAAACUGGAUUAAUCCGUAGUUGGUUCUCUAUGCCAAAUGAAGUACAUUUAUUAAUAACAUCUAAUCAUUCUACACAAUUACAAUACUAAUCCCAACUCCAGCUCCACUUGUACGCCCUGAGGUGAUACGAAAGACUGAUUUCUUCAUUCCAUGUUUGGAUGUUGACGUGGGAUGAUAUCAUAUGCAAAGUUGAGUCAGGAAUCCUUAAAUAUGUCUCUAACGUUCUGUUUGCUUGACUUCGUAUGCUAUUACUUUGAUGCCGAUGUGAAAUGGCUAGCUAGUUAGUAGUGGCACUCGCUCUGAGACCUGAAGUAGUUCUUCCCCUUGCUCUGCAAGGGCCGCGGCUUUUGUGGUGCAAUGGGUAACGAUGCUUCGUGGGUGUCAGUUGUCAAUGUGUGCAGAGGGUCCCUGGUUCGAGCGAGGAGAGGGACGGAAGCUAAACUGUUACACUGAUUUUUAUAAGCAAACAUUUUUGUAAUUUUGAGUCACUCCAAUCGCAGCGGAUGUGAACCUUAUUGCUAUUGGGAAUCAUAUCGCCCUGAAUGCCCCGUCAAGCAGCAGUUGUACUGGAGGCUGUUGAGUGUGAUAGAAUAAACACUUCAAAUGGAGUGGCUUGGUACACAAGCCAAAGUGUUGCCCUGUAAAUGCAGGCCAUGUCAGGCAGGAGUAGGCCAAAUGGUGUACCUAACCAGGUCAAGUGUCUUGUAGGAAGUCUUAAUUUAUGAGAACUACAAUUUCCAAUGUUUUUUUUACACUGAGUACCGCUUAUGUUCUGUUACAAGCUAAUACUACUGACUAACUUGGCACCAAAUGUGGAGCUUUUUGUUAAAAUAAAAAAAAAAAUGUCUUC